AUGCUAUGUUAUCCUAUAGUAAACAAGUAUCAUUUUAGUGCUCUGAAAAGAUGGUUCGAUGUACCUGAAAACUUCGCGCUGAUCAAAUCUGAAUUUGAGUCUACAAGCAGGUUCGCACAGUUACGGCAGGUAGAGGUCGCCAUAGAUGGCAAUUUGGCAUUUGUUCGGUUUGUGGCUCUCACUGGCGAUGCUAUGGGCAUGAAUAUGGUUUCAAAAGGGUGUUCAUUGGCUAUGCAUCUUCUAAAGCAGAAAUUCCCCGCAAUACAACUUCUCGCACUUAGCGGCAAUUACUGUGUUGAUAAGAAAGCUGCAGCCAUAAACUGGAUCAAUGGACGGGGGCGAUCCGUGGUUGCAGAUUGCACGCUGCCAGCGAGUGUGGUACUUUCCAUCUUCAAAACGACUCCAAAGCAGAUGGCUGAAGCUGCACAAGUAUGUCAACAUAACACUUAUGAUUUAUUGUCGCUUUUGUUGACAAAUUGCAGUUAUGAGGUUUUUAGAUCGUUUUAUAAAUUCGUAGCGUUUUCAUUUUUGUUGUCGUUUUUCGGUGAAGCGGUUGAUUUACGGUGAAG